AUGCUGUUUUUGCCGAAACAUUCGCUAGCCUCGAAUCCAACAACCCUGGUCGGCUGGCAGUUCGCAGAUGAUACUCGCUCCACGUGGGACAUUCUGUGGGCAUGUUUCUCAAACAUUCUCGCCUGCACAUGGACAGUCCUUCACAUGGACGUUGGGCCCCCGAGUCAAUCAGACUGGCGAUUAAUAGUGGACAGGGCCCGGCUCAGGCUCUAUAAUAUUCUUAUCCCGGAGAAAUAG